AUGGCGACCACGAAGCCACCCCCAGUCGGCCGCAAGCUCUGGGAGAACCCCAACCCAGAGUCUACCCAGCUGUACAAAUUCACCCGCGCCCUCGAAGCCCGAACCUCCCGCCGCUUUCCCACAUACUUCGACCUACAUGAUUUCUCGACCUCCCGCCGUGCUCAAUUCUGGAAAUUUUGCUUCGAUCAUUUCCCCAUGGUCUACUCCGGCGCCGUACUCGAGCCUGUCGUCGAUGAGUCCGUCCGCAUGGACUCGAUACCGCGGUGGUUCCAGGGCGUGCAGGUGAACUUCGCUGAAAAUAUUCUGUUUGUUGGUGACAAAGAUGGUAAGCCAGUGAAGAGUCCUGGCAAGGAGGACGACAAGAUCGCGUGUACGCAGGUACGAGAGGGGUCGUUCUUGGAGCCGAUCAAGCAGGUUAGUUGGGGUGAGCUGCGGAAACGUGUGGGCAGACUGGCGCAGGCGAUGCGGGCGAGGGGACUCAAGAAGGGCGAUCGUGUGGCGCUUGUGGCGAGCACAUGUCUGGACACGUUGUGUGUGUUUCUGGCGACCACAAGUUUGGGCGGUAUAUUCUCAUCGAGUAGUACAGAUAUGGGAAGCAGAGGAGUGCUGGAGCGUUUAUGGCAGAUCAAGCCCAAGUGGGUCUUCGUGGAUGACGUGUCGAUUUAUAAUGGUAAGAGAACGGAUCUGAGGGGCAAGAUGAAGGAGAUCGUGGAGGGGAUGAAGGGAACCGAGGGCUUUGAGGGUAUUGUCAGUCAGGCAAGGUUCGAGGGCAAACCGGCAGAUGUGAGUGAGCUCGAUAAGGUUACGAGCUGGGAGGAGUUCGUGAGCGCCGCGAAGAGCGACGAAUUGAUCUUUGAGAGAGUGGAAUGGAGUGAGCCAUUCUUGAUCGUGUACUCGAGCGGCACGACCGGUCAACCGAAGUGUAUCGUGCAUGGUACAGGCGGCGUCAUACUGAACGGGCACAAGGAAGCAAGGCUGCAUCGUUCUGUGGACCACACAAGCACUCAGUUGCAGUAUACGACGACAGGAUGGAUCAUGUACCUCGGGUCCGUCCAGCAAUUGCUGAUGGGAUGUCGAAUGGUGAUGUAUGACGGCUCGCCCUUUCUCCCGGAUCUGAAAACCUUCAUCAAGCUCCUCGGUCAGGAGCGCGUCACGCAUUUUGGAACGUCCCCAAGGUACAUGCAGACUCUGCAAAUGGCCAACGUCAGUCCACGCGAAGUGGCCGAUCUCAGCCAUCUCCACACUGUCACGACAACAGGCAUGGUCCUGUCUGAUGCGCUGUUCGAGUGGUUCUACGACACAGGAUUCCCCAAGAUCGUGCAUCUGGACAACAUCUCUGGCGGCACCGAUCUGGCGGGUGCAUUCGGUACAGGCAACCCGAACCUGCCUAUCUACGCCGGCGGAUGCCAGUGUAUAUCAUUAGGCAUGGCUGUAGAAGUGUUUGACCAGGAGAUCGAGGGCGGCAAGGGCAUCCGUGGAAAAGCGGUCGAGGACGGUGUGCCGGGCGAACUGGUCUGCACAAAGUCGUUCCCAACGAUGCCCGUUAAGUUCUGGGGCGAAAACGGCCAGCAGCGAUAUUUUAGCAGCUACUUCGAGAAGUAUGAUGAUUGCUGGACACAUGGUGAUUUCAUCAUGAUCCAUCCUACGACGAAGCAGGUCUUUUUCCUGGGUCGCGCAGACGGCGUAUUGAACCCCAGUGGUGUGAGAUUUGGUUCGUCGGAUAUUUAUAACGUCAUUGAGGCCUCGUUUGCGGAUACGGUCUCGGACAGUAUCUGCGUGGGUCAGAGGCGACCGAAUGACCCCGAUGAGUCGGUCAUGCUGUUCCUGUUGAUGAAGAAGGGGCACAAGUUCACCCCACAGCUGGUGCGUCAGGUGAAGCAGGCGAUCAGGAAGGAGCACAGCCCGAGGCAUGUUCCAAAAUACGUCUUCGAGACCCCCGAGAUCCCGACGACGGUAAAUCUGAAGAAAGUUGAACUACCGGUGAAGCAGAUUGUGUCAGGCAAGGUGAUAAAACCGUCUGGGACGUUAUUGAAUCCACAGAGUCUCGACUACUACUACCAGUCGCGAAGGAUGAGCACCUGA